UGCAGUUACGAAAGCUUUAAAUCAGUGAUUUAAUCGUGGCCGAUGAUGGAAUUUGCCUCCAUGAGAGAUGGCUAUUUACAGCAGCUCCCUUGCAGGUUAACAUUCAGACGUUUUCACGUCCUAUUUGUAGUGUUUUAUUAUGACGUCACCACCGCCGUUCCGGAGUUGCUUUGCAUCGAGACGCAGCAAACAUCGUUGCCUCGGAUGGGAGUUGGCAGCAAGAGGAUUGUCAUCAACAAUCGUGGUGUUUGACACAUUUUCUUUGCUUCUCCUUGAGGCUGAAACGGUCAAGGCUGUUUUACCGUCGCAUUAUCUUAUCUAUUCAUGCAGGCCCACGGCAGGUGAUUUGAGGCUAAUCGGUAACGAGAUGUAAACAGUUGGGAAGCCUGGCAGAGGUGCCAUGGCUGUAGCAUCUAAGGGUUACAGCUUUGUGUUAAAUAAACUGUCUCGCUGUUAGGUAUACGGCGAAUGGUUGUGUUGCAAACACCUUGCAGUUGAAUUUUCAUUAUCCUCUUUCGGUUUAAAACCUUGCAUGCGUCUUCCUCCAAGUUUCCUUUGUUAGGUUUGUUAACUCCACGCAAAUUUUUUUUCAAUAAUGGAAUAUUUAAAGUUACGAUUUGACUCUUCCUGUUAGCCUUGACUGUUCUAUUUCAGUGCUCUGAUAUCAUGCCUUUGGUAUUAUCCACAUUGGGUAACUCCCUUAGGACAGGUUUUAUCCAAUUCAUACAUAAUAAAUGCAUUCUAUUCAUGUGUUGACCAUUUCAAUUAUUUACAAUUCCUGAUCAAGGUUGCAUGUAAGUGUUUGUAUGGGAAAUUGAGAGCUUGAGGUCUGUGGAGAAAGGCAUCCCGACAGCCAACUGAUUGUAAGGGCAAAGCUGGUGUAUGUAGGGGUGCAGUAGACUUGAGGUCUUGACUAACUUCACCGCAUUCAGUUGUAAAUAAAAUACUCGGCGUUUGCCCUUGUUUCACUGCAGUAGCGGCUGCAAAUGCUGUUGGGAAGCCCAUGGUCUGUUCAAAAUUCAAGUCGGGGUCAACGCAGCCCAUUGGUACUCUGGGAUUUAUAAAAGCAACACCCAGUUUGGUGAAAGUCACAACAGCAGGUGGCCGUGCUGCAGUCUGUGUAAACCGUGGAUAUGUUGAUAAACUGGUUCCUGCCAAAGUAAUGGCUAUUUUCCACCCGUGGCUUCGGGCUACUGAUUGUCACGAGUAAUCGCUUAGCCUCGUUUUGGGUGUUGGUAGACACUGAAGUUUGGUUUAUUAAAGGGUCAUGAAAUGAGGCUGCAAAGUAAUUUUUUUUUCGAUUUGUGGGAACUUGUGAGUUGGUAAUUUGAUGGAAGAAGGGGAAGGGUUUGAGUCUGCGAAAUUGUCUGUGUUCCUAUCCGUUAUUGAAUAAUCACCACUGUUGACCUACAUUUUAAUUUUCGCAAGGUUUGACUGUAAAAACCCCCUUGUAUGUGUAGAGGAGUAGUGGAGAGUGGUGGCGUCGUGUGCGCUGUCAGGUGCGGUGACCUCACGGGACGUGGGGUCGCACGCGCUGGGCAGUGCACGCGACAUCACCCCUCCGAGGGUAUAUAAGGGAGACCCCGUAACGUAAGCGGGGUCACUGGAGGAACGGGGAUAGUGGAAGGGGUAAAGAGGGAACCAGGGAUAGUGAUAAGUGUUAAUAAACCCUGGCGGAAGCCCCUAACUCAACCUCCGUCUCCGAGUACCUCCGUCUACGAUACAACAACUGGUGUCAGAAGUUUACACCGUCGCCAACAUGUAUAAAGCGGGCGCACGGCGUAGGAACCCACCGGCACAUGACUUGGAGGGCGCCGAAGGCGGAGAGGAGGCUCCAGCAGUGACCCCGGAGCCCGGGACCCCGGUGACGGUUCCCGUGGAGACGAGCGGGCCGGAGCGGGAGGAGUCGGCUGCGGGGAGUGCCAGCUCACCGCCGCCGCCAGAGACGGAGAGCGUCCCCGCAGCUCUGCUGCAGCAGCUCCUGCAGGCGGUGGGGCAGCUGACAGCCAGGUUGGCCAAGGUGGAGGCGCGGACGCAGCCAACCGCCCCGCACGCGGGACGGGAGCAACUGUCAACUGCCAACGUUGAAAGCGCCGCAGUUUUCCCAGCGACCGCUCCACCGGAAAUGGCCGCCAUGUUGGCUGCGACUCAAUCCGCGGCGGCCAUGUUGGCUCGGGAGCCAUAUGCGGCCGCUGCUACGGCUGCCAUGGCGACCGCGACGCCGCGUCUCUCCACCGACGCGGCCGGGAUUUCUCGGCACGCCGCUCCUGCGAGACCAGCCGCCGGCGACGACGCGGCUCUACAUCAAGCGGCGCCCGCCGGGGGGGCCCAGGGCCCCUCCCGAGUGAGGCCGACAGAGACCCCCCAGGCACCGGAGGCCACGGCGGUGGGCCUGUUGCCCGCUGACGGCCCACCUGCACGGGUGGCGGACACCGCACGAGGGAGCGGGCCAGCAGCGCAUACCCGCUCGAGGGGGGUGCGGCUCCGGUGACGGCCCUGAUGGCCGUUCAGCGGGCCUAGCCCCUGGCGCCCGUUCGGCGCUAUCCGGCGGAUGAGGCCUUCGGGCUCUAUUUGUUUUGUUUUUUGUUGUUACUGUUCUGCUUGAAGGGCCGUGCUGCCCUAAGGUUGAUUGCAGCCGGGUCGGCUGUUUUUUUUUACGGGGGGGGGUGAUGUAGAGGAGUAGUGGAGAGUGGUGGCGUCGUGUGCGCUGUCAGGUGCGGUGACCUCACGGGACGUGGGGUCGCACGCGCUGGGCAGUGCACGCGACAUCACCCCUCCGAGGGUAUAUAAGGGAGACCCCGUAACGUAAGCGGGGUCACUGGAGGAACGGGGAUAGUGGAAGGGGUAAAGAGGGAACCAGGGAUAGUGAUAAGUGUUAAUAAACCCUGGCGGAAGCCCCUAACUCAA